UUUAGUCUCAUUUUCUUUUCGGAGGAAGGGAAACCGGGAAAGUGGCUUACGUGAUGUUUUUCUGAUUCAAGUUUCAAUGAAAAAUUCUAUUGGAAAUGGCAAAUAAAUCUGAUGGCGAAGAGAGAACGUCGCCGUUGCUUGAAUAUGGUAUCACUAAAGCUGUUUUGCAAAGUUUACCCAAUAUUCUGCAACUCAAUAAAGCAUCUACUGUAUGCAAAUCUUGGAAUGAAACCGCGAAAAUUAUCAAGAAAUCAAGAAAUCAGAUCUAUUGUACAGCAAAUAACGAGUCCUUUGAAGAUUAUUCGUGUGUUCAGAGCCUCAUAUCUAUUAUGAGAAGUCAGCCCUGUCUCUGUUUUGUGUUUCUGACUCAUGAAGGGUUGGCAGAAAUACCACCACCUCUCCCCGAACUGAACUUGGACGGGCACAAUGGUUCUCAUUUUGGGAGGUGCACAGAGUAUAGAUUGUUGCAUUAUCUCAGAAAAAGUAUGCCAUCUGACUGUGUUAUUGUUGGAGGUAUAGCAAAUGGUGUUGUCACCUCAACUCCUUCUCUACAGACUAAUGAAACUGAAGAUGGAGAUGGGUACGGCCUGAUACUCAUACCUGACAUUCCCUCUUUGUCAAUACGAAAUUUCUACCUUGAUAGGCAGAAGAUGAAGAAGUUUGGCAAGGCGAUAACUAGUCAACCAGAAGAUGUUGGACCUCUGCUGAAUAUUAAAGAUGAUGAUCAAGUAAAGUGCCUUGUAUUAUUAGGUACUGAUGCUUUCAAAGAAUCAAAAUGUAUUGAAGCAAUUUGCCGGUAUUUUCAAGACAGAAGAAACCAGAAUGUAGCCAUUGGUGGUGGAUUUGUAGAGGCAGCCGUCCAUCCGGAUGUGGUAGACGGUGAUCGAGAGUAUGGCAUCACUGGGCUUGUUUUCUGCGGCCCCAAUGUUAUCGCCAAUUCAAUCAUCGUUCCACCUGAUGCCACCACUGAUUCUGAUAUUGAACGAGUAAUCCUUCAGUUGAAGGAAAAACAUGUAGUCACAUCUCCCAGCCAGAAGACGAGGAGCAUCGGCUUCAUGGUAGCCUGCGUAGCCAGAGGUACCCACCUCCAUGGCCGGUCUGGAGUCGAAUCUGGAAUCUUCCGCAGACACUUCCCGACCACACCGCUUCUGGGAUUCUUCGGCAACGGGGAAAUUGGCAUCACUUGCCUCGGCCCAUCUUCAUCACCGACAAAUCCUCAUUCAUUCCAACCAAACCUGCCUAGCGCUCCCAAAAAAUCACGAACCACAUAUCUUCACUCUUAUGCCACCACAUUCACCCUGAUCUCCUUCCCUGUCGAAUAAUAGCCUCUACAAGCAACUAGAUCCAGACACACUCGACGAAACAGAGGCAGAGAUUUAAAAAAAAAGGUUUGUUUUCCUUGAGAACCGGCCUAGAGUAGGGAGAGAGAGCUGACGAAAAGUGGACAGUGGUCUCCUCUUCUCACGGAAAGAACGGGAAGUUUGAUGUGUGUAUCAUAAAUUAUGCGGUACAGGCCCGAAGGCAGUUCUGACUCUUUCCAUUUGAGGAAGAAGGAGGUGGUAAAGACCAGCGAAAAUAGUUAAAACAGAAUUAAUCACAAUGGAAUGAAUGUUCCGGUUGGCUGACGAUCGGUGCUAGAGCGAGCCCACACUUAAGAGAGACUGUUGUACAAAAGUAGGAAACCCAGAUUUAAUUAUGUAACAAAACAAGAAAAAAAAAUGUAUUGUGAACAGAAUAAGUACAUAGGAACGAAAUAAUUUAAGUACAUAUGAAAGGAAGACCAGAACCCGCCUCUGUACUGAGUUCCUAGCGGACGCAACCGAGUCAUACCGUAAGAGGGGGAGAGAGGGGCCAGCCCAAGAGUGCGCUUCUUCAGUCGACUUGCAGCUGUUGAAGACGCAGGUUGUGUCUAUUGAGUGUGUCGUGUCGGUGACUGCUGUUGUUUUCAUUCGGUAUCAAUCCUCCAACCCCUUGUGUACUCUCUGAACUCUCGCUGUUCUGGAUCAGUGAAAAUCCCGCUCUUGGUAUAUUUUUCUCUCUCGUCCGUGCGAUUCAUCCGUGACUUAUUACUUAGUUCUCACCAAACAGUGUGACCGUAUGCAUUUCCCCAUUUUGUGGAUUGGAUUUCUAUUAAUCGUGCAACCAAUAAAAAUCAAUCAAUUGAAACAAACAACGAACUAAUAUAAACAAUCCAAACUUGUGUUUUGGUUUUGUGACAAACUUAAACAAACGACGUGAACGGAUUCAACACGUUUUCCUAUUUUUUUUCCCCCUUCCAGGAGAUGUGCCCCCGUGCUGCCGGAUGGUGCCUGAUCCAGCACGUCGAGACGGAAUAGUAACAAGGUCGUCUAAAUUCCCAAUCGAGAAUAAAUAGAAGAAUAUUUUGAAAAGAAAAAAGAAAACACCCCCCUGAAGUAAAGGAAAAAAGAAAAUGAGGGAGUAUCACGUUUUGAGCGCGAUGGUGACGGAAGCGCCUCGCAAUCUGGGCCGGCGCAUCUCUCGUCGGCUCAGCAUGUCGGUGGCCAAAGUUCCGACUUUCAUCCAGUCCAAAUUUCGGACCGACGUGGACGUCGCCGAUUUCAGCGCCAGCGGAGGAGCUGGCGUCGCCACUAAUAACGGGCAAUGGUGGCCCCAGCAGUUGAGACGAUCACGUCCCGUCACUCUUCACAUCAUCCUGCCCAACGGAAUCGAACGCACGAUUACGUGCGCCGGAAAGUGCAGCGUCAGGCAGGGCGUCCAAUCCGUGGCACUGGAGCUGCACAUUUGCGAAUUCCGCCUCCGCAUGAGCGACACCCUGGCCGUCGUCUCGCCGGCCGCCGAGAUCUCGCUCCUGGAUGGCGACACCGUCCUGCUGGAGGACGCUACCAGAGUCCGCGACGAGCGUGGAGAAACGGAUGCCCGGUUUCGACUGACGGAGGACCUGAUCGACUCCGAGCGCGAAUUCCUCGUCAGUUUGAGGACCAUCUACGACAUCUACGCCAGACCGCUGAGGAAACUCUGUUCCAUUAGCGACGAGGAACAGAAGCAGCUCUUUGGCGGCAUCGAGCCAAUCCUUUCUGUCAGCAACAUGCUUCUCACCAAGUUGGAAGACGCCCUGGCUGCUUGGGACCCACAUGAGACCAAAAUCGGUUCGCUGUUCUCCAAGCAAUUCUGGAACCAGUUUGACGAGUACUUCCGUUUCUUCACGCAGGCCAAGGAACUACUGAGGGAGAAGCAGUGCCGCGACGAAGAGUUCAUCGAGAUCUGCAAACUGCGCCAAGGAGCCGCUCUGCACACGAUCGACUCUUUGCUAGACCUGCCGAUUCAGCGGUUGGCCAGUUAUGAGCGCUACUUUCAGGAUCUGCUGUGCGAGACGGGUGCUGAUCAUCCCGACCUUGACGACGUUCACAAAGCCCGAGAUAAAGCUCAAGAGUUGGUGAAACGCUGCGAGGAGGAAAUCAAUCAGCUGGAUCGAGUGCAGAACCUGUUCCCCAACGACCAGCUCUAUCUCCACGACAAGGAUGCUCUCAGUCUGAAGAUGAAGGGUCUGAUCCGGAAGCGGUCUACGACGGCCGCUCGGCUACAAAGGGCCUUUUCGGCCAAGAGCCUGCGCACCGCCGCCAGCAAUCCAGCGGCGGUGGUCAGCGUCACACCGUCGGGCUCCAGCAGCAGCCCAGGCGGCAGUGAAAUGGGCGCCGACAGCCCAGCCGUUCACUCGUCGCCGUCCAAUUCGACGUCGCUCAUGUCAACGCCCAACAACAAGACGCCCAAUGACAAGGAGAAGAGGCAGUUCAUCAUGGAGACAUCCGUUCAAUUCAUUAACGGAUUGCAGAGUCGCGAUCGUCAUUUGUUUCUAUUUAACGACUUGUUGCUGAUCGCCAAGGCCCGUUCCGGCGGUCAUUUCAAAUUGAAAGACAAGGUGCGCAUCUCUGAGCUUUGGCUCUCGACCGGCAUCGAAGAAGUGGCCGAAGGAUCGGCCGGCAAGUCUCGCGACACUUCAUUCGUCAUUGGCUGGCCGCCGUCCGUCAACCUGGUCGCCACUUUCAGUUCGGCAGCGUUGCGCGAUCUAUGGUGGAACCGGCUGGGCCAGGCCGUCAAAGACGAACGGGACAAGGAGCCGAAAACAACUACCAUUCAAAUCACCUACCACGACGCCGUCCAGGCUAUUGGAUACACCAAGACAUUGUCGGUGAGUCCCACGGAGACGGUGCGUGACGUCAUCAAACUGGCCCUGUCGCACCUGGAGAUGUCCGGGACGGCCGACAUCAAUUCGUUCCGCCUCUGGCUCAAGACGGGCGGCAGCGCUUCGACGUUGACGUCGACGUCGAUCGAUAGCGACUCGUCGCCUUAUCCGCUCAUCGGUCACGAACUGCCGUUCGCCAUCAAGAUGAACUGCCUGAGGGAUUACAUUGGACGGGCAGCCGUCGACAAUGACAACAGCAUCCAUUUCGAGAGCAACGGCAACGGAUUGACGACGCCCAUCGACAUGCUGGAUCACUGCAACAACAUCUACAACGCCGAUCCGGCCGCCCGCUGCCAGUUCAUCCUCAGAAGUGUGCAGAAGCCGAGUUUCAACGGCUCCGUCCUGGGAAAUGCCAAGCAAGUGGUGGCCACCAAGGGCGCGAAUGGCGCCGGCGGCGCUGCCAAAACCAAGAAAUCGCCGACCAGGAUCCAGAAAGUCUUUCGGCGGGUCCAAAGCAAACCGGACUCGCUGGAAACGGUGGGCGCCGGCAAUCCGACCUCUCCCACUUUAUUGGCAGCAGCCAAAGCUGGCGCUUUCUUUGGCCAGCCGCUCAACAAGAUUUUCCCCCAACCGGAUCAGCUCCCGCAACCCAUCAUGGACAUGUUGCUGGAACUCAGAGCCAAGGGACCGCACACGGUCGGCAUUUUCCGCAAGUCGGCCAACGCUCGCCAGGUGCGAGAGAUCCGCGAGCGCAUCGACGCCAACGGGUCCAGGAUGGACUGGAACGGCGUCAACGCCGUCGUCACCGCCGUCGUCUUCAAGGACUUUCUCCGCUCGCUGCCCGACAGUCUCCUCUGCUCCGGCAUGUACGACCAGUGGCUCCAGGUGGCCGCCAUGGACGGACAAGACUCUGCUUUAGAGAAAAUCAAAGGGUUGUGCGAUCGACUUCCCAGCGCUAACGUGACGCUGCUGCGCCAUUUUCUGUGCGUGCUCCUGCACAUCGUGGCCAAUUCUUCCCACAAUAUGAUGUCAGCCUCGAAUUUGGCCGUCUGCGUUGGGCCGAGCUUGCUCUGGGCACCCGUGGCCACCGCUAACGCUACGGCCGCAGCUGCGGCCCUGAAUCCGGCCCUGGCUCUCAGCGCCGAAGCCACCGCAUCCAAGCAAGUCCCCGCCCUUGUGGCCGUCCUCAUUGACAAGUGCUCGAUCCUCUUUGGCGCCGAGACGGCCAAUUUGUUGAACGACAAAACACCGGCUGCCACAUCCGCUCCGGAAGCUCAAAACAGUAGUAGGAGAGUGAGUUGUAACACGAACGGCGUGACGAGCAACGGACACAGCCGGAGUCGUCAAGCGCCCGUACAGAAACACAUGGCCAGACAAGGAUUGAUGCAGCACGAUUCCGGCAAUGAGGAAUCAGACAGCUUGCACAGUCUUUAUCACUCGGAUGUCAUGCGCCGAGAUGAUUCAUCCAUCGACAGUCUGGAGCGAGAGCUGCUGGGUGACGGACUCGAACACGAUCACCACCACGUCCAUUCGAUUCAUUUGAGACGCGAUAAAAUGUCGGUGACCAACUUGUCCAGGGAUUCCGGAUUGACCCUUUCCGACACUCAACUCUACACACCCGACGAAGACAUGGAAGAAGGCAGCGAGUCGUCGUCGUCGGGCCGUGGAUCGGACCGUGACAAAUCACGAAAUGGUGGCGUUCAAUUGCGAUCCCGCUCGACCACAGCCUCGGCGACUAUCGUGUCCAGCAGGGCUGAUCAGACCCGCUCCAUGUACUCUGUGCCGUCCAUCCGCGGCAGCGAGAAAAAUGGAAUUGCAAACGGUUCGGUCCGUCUCUUGGACAGCUACGGCAAGUUGAACGGCGGCCCGUCGAGCUACACGCCCGUUUACGAUCAUUCGCGACCGGAUGCGAUUUAUCGCAAGAUGUCGGACGACGCCGUCUACGCCGUGCCGAAAGCCACUCCGACCGUCGUCCUGGGCGAAGAAUACCAGUCGGGUGGAUCGCAUUUCCAGCGGCAGGAUUGGUUCAGGCGCAAGUCGCACAACCGGAAGCAAUCCGGCGGAGUCAAGUUCGACUCGCCGCCCAUGUCGGGAAUGAUGUUGCGUCGCAGCGCCUCUGACGAGAGCCUGGCCAACGUCAAUCAGUCGUCGGAAAUCCAUUACCAUCAGAAUUACAAGAAACCGGCCGCUCACCGCAAGGGAAGGGCACCAGCUCCGCCCGUCGGAACCCGGAUGACGAUGGACUGUAUGGAACUGUCCCGUCGAUCGAAAUCCGACGCCAAUUUGGACAUGGAAGGCCUGCGCUUCUGCGUAGACGAACCGGACCGUCGAGUCAACGGGCACAAGAGCCCCAAUUACUCGAGCGGAUCCAUCCGGCCGAGUCAUUCCACGCCGCACAUUACGGCCGAAGAGCAGGCCUCGACGGCCGAUCGGUCAUACGAUUCCAGCACGCUCAGCGAUGACGACUCGACUCCGCACGUUAGCCGAUCGAAUUCGCGAGGAUCGAAAGACUAUCGGGCCGUCAAUUCCGCCUGGGAAUCCACCUACGGAGCGCUGACUGUCCCGGUUCCAGCUCCUAUUCACAUCAUCGUUUCCCAAGAUGGUACCGGAUCGAUCGUCUACCCCAACAGCAACGGAACACCGUCCACCAAACACUCGAGCCGGACCAAUACGGGAAGCAGCAGCAGCAGCUCUAGCCGGAUGGCCACGACGUCGACUCCGCACCACGAACAUCGAUCGAGGCAAGCGGAGCGGCGGCCCGUCGUCAGUUGCGCACCUUCGUCCGGUUCGGCCUCUCGAUCCUCGCACUACGUCGCGACGCCGCCCACCGGAUCGAGCCGCUACGCCGAUUACGACACUGUCAUCUACGCCAGCAAUGGCGGACGUCGCUCUCGUGAGCAGCAGGACACGAGUCUCUACUCCAUUCACUCUAACGGCAGUGGAUCGCUGAGUGGGACUCCGGAUAUUCCCAGUUAUGAAGAGGCCAUGAUGAGCCGACGCCAGAGGCAUCAGGGCACGCCAGUUACGGGCGGUACCAACUGGACGACGUGGAAGGAGAAAUCCAACAACAACAGCUUGAUUCAGGUUCGCGCCUCGCCCAUCCGCCUCAACAGCCAGCAGCCGGACGAAUCCGGAUGGGACGCCGAGGGCCACACCCCUCCGCCUUUGCCGCCCAAGAGCGAUCCUAUCCCGCCGCUUCCGCCCAAGCAGAAGAUUCACCUGCGCUCGCACAAUCCCGUGCGGAUGCGGAUCAAUAAUUCGGCGCAAUCGCCGUCGUCGAGCCGAACGAGGCCCGUGACGAUCCACAUGGACGCUUCGAUCCUGUCGAGUUUGGACGGAAGCGGAUCGUCGAGUCCGACUCAGCCGCCGUCGCUUCCGCGCAAGGAGCGCAACCGCGGCAACAACGUGAGCGUCGUCUCGAUCGAGAACAGCUACACUCCGCUGCAUCGCUCGUUCGCUUUCUCCACCCACAACCUCCGCACGGCCAUGGAGAACAACGCCGGACGCGAGGAGUGGACUUCGACCAAAGAGGACGACCAGGAAGCCGAGCUGAGCGACCAGAGCGACAGGAGAGUGGACCAGGAGAUCCAGACGUCCGGUCACUGGGCCCAGUUUUGCGAAAUUGAAACGCAGACGUCGCUGUCGCCGCAACCCAGUCUGACUCCGUCGGCCUCCUCCGCCGACGAAGCGCCGCCGCCAAAGUUGACGGUGGGCCGCUACGAGAAGAACACGCGAGGCGUCAACAACAGGCGACGGGAAGUGGCCGUGGAAACGGAGCGCAGCCGUCCCAGAACCAAAGACUCGUCCACCGGAAGGGAUGGAUUGGGGCUUCACCGAUCUCACUCCCUCCCUCCGCUGGAUAAAGUCUCGUCGGAAGACGGAACGGACGACGAAGACGUUGAGGAAGAGAAGCCAGAUUUCCCGAGUACGCCGCAGCCGCAAUCGCAGAGCUCCGCAACUAGUCAGGCACUCCGGCGGGCUGAAAUCAGCUGGAGUGUCUCUCAACUACGGGCUCUCUUCAACGGCAAUUCGAGCGUGUCGAGCGGUUCCAGCAUUCCGCCACCGUAUCGCUCUCCUCCUGCUCACCAGCAGCAGCAGCAGACGCGACAGCGGUCCGAAUCAACCGACAGUUACGGAGAGGAAUCCUACGUUUGACCAUCAAACAUUUAACAUUCCUGGAAGGAAGGAGGACCCGAUCAAAAUGAGAUGAUUUAAUUUUUGUUUUUCCCCAGCACGAGAGAGAGCGUUGCGUACUACGGUUCUGUUCUCUCAAUCCCGCCCACCACACCCUGUACACUUGAGAAGAAAAAUGGAAGGGAUGAACAGUUUGAGUUUAUUCUGCCGCUCCUCGUUCGAGAUUAUUCGCUUCAACAUUUGCUCCAUUAUCUACAGUAGAACGUGCUGCAAAUAUACAUUAUACAUAUAUACAUAAAAGUACAUAUUACAUACAUACAUACACACCAUGCAUAUACAAUUUUUUAUAUGAGAUGUCAUUCUGCUCAACAUAAUUCUUGAGAGGAAAGAAACCCACCCCACAUGCUUCCAACCAAGCACAGGUUUUGUACAUACAGAACAGCAGCUAUUUCGGUUUAUCCGUCUCAAACAAACAAAAAAUUCAAAAAAAAAAUAAUAACUGCCUUUUUUUUUAUAGAAAAUGAUUCCACAGGGGCUAUCCCUAUUAUUAUUAUUAUUAUUUACCGUUUCCCCCUCCCCCCAAUUUUUUCGUAUUGAGUUUCAUAAUUUAAAAUGGUGUCCACCAAGUGUGGAAUCUCGACGUAGGAGAGCUUUUGUUCUUUGUUCUUUGAAUUGAAUGGCUGAAAAUAUGCAAAAGUGCACUUCAUUCUUGUACAAUAUGUUCUACCUUUGUCAUCUGUGUAACUCUUCUAAAUACACAAUCCUUAUUUCCAUUUUUAAA